UUUUAUAAUUCACUUCAGAGUUGAGAGAAAUAAUAAGUUAUUGCAUAUAUAACUAGACCUGAAAACAUUUAAAAACCAAGUAGAAGCAUCAGUGCAUAAAUUAAAUAAUUCAACUGAUGUAAACUGCAAAUAGCUACAAUCGUCAGGCGGACAUAUUAUACUAAAAUCUGAAAAUGAAUUUCGUCAGUUCAAAGCAGAAUUUUUUGACAUGGAAAUACAUUUUAGUUACUUUACUCAUUUACACCAUCACACAAAGCGCAGAUGCCCAAACGACCAAUACUUCUACGUUUACUUUUGCUGAUUUUGCACCGUAUAUACCGUCCACAGCUACCAAAACAUUUACGACGAGCCUCACGCUUUUGUCGGUUAACGUCAACCAGUCCGAGUUUGAUGAAGGUGUUUUCAUAAAUUCGACCAACCAAUUCUAUUCAUCUAAGUUUCCUGGAUUCACAUCAGUGACGAUGAUAAGUAACUCGUCAAAUAAUUCAACAAAUGAAAUUCAGGUAUCGUAUGAAAUAAAAUACAACUACACACUAUUCAUUGCCAGUGGAUCGAGUGAGGCAGCAAUAACAAACCAAAUUGGAAAUUCAACUUCGGUCAAAUCAGGACUCGAAUCAAUUUCAAUUUUUUCAACUUUGUACAACGUAUCCAGCAACGAAACUACAUUUUCAUUUUCAAGUAAUCAAAUUUGCCAGGCAAUUAACUGCGGUUCAUCGUAUGCAGCAUGCUUUGAAAGUACCUUUGGGUUGACGCCAAUUUGUCGCAGCAUAUGUUUCAGCACGUUUACUUGUUCGAAUGAUGGUGUGUGCGUUCACAGAAGUCCGACCCUAUCUCCAAAUUGCAAUUGCAUCGGAUCUGCCUCUAUUUGGUACAUCGGGAGAUAUUGUGAAUAUAAAGUAGAAGUAUGGAUGAUAGUUGUGUUCAUUAUCGGCUUCCUCAUAUUAAUUUGUCUCAUAUUGUUAAUCGGUUGGUUAUGUUGCCGCAAAAGAGCAAAGAGUCGUCAAAAACAAUACAUGACAACUGCUGUGCAGCCGAAGAAAACUACACAGAAUUCCAUGAUUACACGAACUACUAACACCGCUAACACAAACAACAAACAGAAACCAUCUGGACGUAGUGGGGUUGCACAGCGGCAACAGUCAAACACAGUCAACGAAGAAUCCGACAUAGGGGUUUUAGGCAGCCCAAUGACGUCGGCUGCUUUGGUGACGGUACAAGAGUCUACAUCGGCAUCGGAUAUUUCAACACGAACUCCUGAAUUUUACCCUGAGCCGCCGGAUGUCAAGGAAUCCGUACAACCUCCUACAACAACCCUUGUAGGCCUACAAAGUGCGCCUGCUGCAGCUCCAGAAUCUGACGACGAAAGUAGUGAUUCUAGUGAAUCUGAAAGUCCACCCGUACGAACAGUGUCACCUUCUUCAUCUGGUAGUGAAAAUCAAACUCAACGAUAUGACAGCCUACGGUUUCCAGACACAAGUCCGAACGAUACAGAAGAGUAUGCCAAGCUGACAUUGGUUUGAGAUUGAUCUGCUUUUAAUAACCGAAGAACAUACUAUGCAAAAGAUAAACUAACAUGAACACCAGAAAGAAAUUUCACACGCAGAGAGAAGCAUGAAGGAGAUAAACGGAUAUGCAUGGCGGCAAAUAAAACUCAAAUGCAUUGCAUGUCUCCUCUAAGCUUGGAUUGAGAACGUUGCUCAAUGCCUUUUUUGUCAAUAAUAUUAUCUAAACAAAAUUAUUUGCAAAUGAGAUACAUUUGAAUGCCGAAAUUAAUAUUAUGAUUUUUUACGAACGUCUUUCGCUUUUGGUUAUUUUGAUUCCUAUUUAUUAUACAAAAAUGCAGCAAAUUCACUUACAAUUUGCAGUAAAUAAAUAAACUGUCCAUCUGUCUUCAGUUGAGUCAAUUUGUUAUACAACUUUGUAUGUAUAUUGUACACUGCUCUGACUAAAAUUUGGAACGAGCGAUGAUAGCAGUAAAAAAUUAAAAUCCUUUGCAGUAUUGCAUGAAGACUGAUAAGCAUGUUUAAAUGUCUCUCAAUUUUUCUUCUUAUUGAAAAUUUAACAAUAAGUGGUAAUUUUCACAGAUCAUUUCGGGGUACCGCUCAUUGGACUUUGACAGCUUGAAUCCAUGGGAAAAAGGAACUCAAACAAACACAAGAAUUGAUAUUAUUUUGCCGGAUUCUAUUCUGAUGCAGAAAAUGUAAAAUCCUGUAUAUAAUGUGAACGAGACCUCGAUUUUAAACUCAAUACUAAUUAUCUCGCCAAUAUAUAGUUAUUAUACAAUUGGUGUCUUAUGCUCCGUUCGAAGGGAAUGUCUCAAACGCCGUGUAUGGAAAUUAUACAUUCACUAGUUAAUCAUCCCUCGUAAUUUUAUUGUUUCAUUUUGUGUUAUUUUCUUGAUUAAUUCAAUAUUUUUAAGUAUCAUUAUUAUUAUAUUUCGUCUUGUCAAUAUUGUUUUGUGGGAAUUUUUCACUGAUAUAACCUGUAGUAAUUGUUUUUCUGGCAUUCAGGAUCAAAAAGUAAAAUAAACCAUAUUUCCGGCCAAAAAUAAAUAGCUAGUUGUCAAAAUGCUUCUUUGACUACUGAUAACGAAAUAGACUCGUCCGUUGCCACAACCAACUAUAACCCUGAUGCAGUCGAAAUGGCUAAAUAUAGCUCGGUAGUGGGACGAGCACCCCUUGAUGAGCCCCAGAUAAGCGUUAUCACUGGAUUAUAUUUCUUUGCAAAAUUGAUAACGCCCAGUAAAAUUUGUUCUACCAGUCCGAGGCCCACCGCGUUCGGGCCCAUUCGACCGUUUUUAGAAAAAAAAAUAAUGGCUGCCAACCACUGGUAUUAUUCAACCAGAAUUUUUUGAGAGAAAAUAAUAACAGAAUUGAGUAUUGACCACAUGAACAUGAUGCAAUGUUGUGAAAGCCAUAUAUAAAAUACAGUGUACUUGCAGUGUUAUUUCAAAGAUUAUAUAUUCUAAACAACUGAUUGACGCAUAGGUUUGUAUUCAUACUGAAUUUUUUUUUAUUAAUGUGCUUCGGCCGUUUUUGCCCCAAAUAUAAAUAACGCUUGCAUAUUCGAUUUCAUAU